AUUCAGAGACCAGAACCAGAACCCAGCGGUGUGUCCUUCAAGAGUAACAGGUCAAAGGAUGAUAUCACUGACUUUAAAUCCUCUGGACCUCCAACCUCAGAGAGAAUGGACCAGCAGAACUCUUUGGUUUCCAAGGGUCAGUUUGUCCAGCAGCAUCAAAACCAAUUGGACUCCGUCUUUAUGCUGCUGGAGGAAAACAUUGUCACUUUUGUGAAGAACGAGCUGAAGACGAUCCAGAAGGGUUUGUGUCCAGAUGAUCAAAAAUGGUCAGAGAUUCAGAGAGAUGAUGAGAAGGUGUUGGAGGGGAACGAUGGACAGCAGAGGAGGAGCAGCAGAGAGGCACUGGUGAAGAUCACAGUGAACUUUCUGAUGAUGAUGAAGCAGGAGGAGCUGGCUGACCUUCUGCAGAGCAAGUUUUUCAGUCAACAAAAACUUAAAACCAGUUUAAGGAAGAAGUUCCAGUCUGUGUUUGAGGGAAUCGCUAAAGCAGGAAGUCCAACCCCUCUGAACCAGAUCUACACAGAGCUCUACAUCACAGAGGGAGGAACUGGAGAGGUCAAUGAUGAACAUGAGGUCAGACAGAUUGAAGCAGCAUCCAGGAAAACAAACAGACCAGAAACAAUAAUCAGACCAGAAGACAUCUUUAAAGUCCCACCUGGAAGAGAUCAACCAAUCAGAGCAGUGAUGACACAGGGAGUGGCUGGCAUUGGGAAAACAGUCUUAACACAGAAGUUCACUCUGGACUGGGCUGAAGGCAAAGCCCACCACAACAUCCAGUUCAUAUUUCCAUUCACCUUCAGAGAGCUGAAUGUGCUGAAAGAGAAAAAGUUCAGCUUGGUGGAACUUGUUCAUCACUUCUUCCCUGAAACCAAAGGAAUCAGCAGCUUUGAAGACUUCCAGGUUCUGAUCAUCUUGGAUGGUCUGGAUGAGAGUCGACUUCCUCUGGACUUCACCAACAAGGAGAUCCUGACUGAUGUUACAGAGUCCACCUCAGUGGAUGUUCUGCUGAUAAACCUCAUCAGGGGGAAACUGCUUCCCUCUGCUCUCCUCUGGAUAACCACACGCCCUGCAGCAGCCAAUCAGAUCCCUCCUCACUGUGUUGGCAUGGUGACAGAGGUCAGAGGGUUCAACAACCCACAGAAGGAGGAGUACUUCAGGAAGAGAUUCACAGAUAAGAAGCGAGCCAGUAAGAUCAUCUCCCACAUGAAGAAAUCUAGAAGUCUCCACAUCAUGUGUCACAUCCCAGUGUUCUGCUGGAUCACUGCUACGGUUCUGGAGGAUGUGUUGAAGACCAGAGAGGGAGGAGAGCUGCCCAGCACCCUGACUGAGAUGUACAUCCACUUCCUGGUGGUUCAGACCAAAGUGAAGAAGAUCAAGUAUGACGGAGGAACUGAAAUAGAUCAACACUGGAGUCCAGAGAGCAGGAAGAUGAUUGAGUCUCUGGGGAAACUGGCUUUUGAUCAGUUAAAGAAAGGAAACCUGGUCUUCUAUGAAUCAGACCUGACAGAGUGUGGCAUCGAUAUCACAGCAGCCUCAGUUUACUCAGGAGUGUUCACACAGAUCUUUAUAGAGGAGAGAGGGCUGUACCAGGAGAAGGUGUUCUGCUUCGUCCACCUAAGCUUUCAGGAGUUUCUGGCUGCUCUUCAUGUUCAUCUGACCUUCAUCAACUCUGGGAUCAACCUGAUGGAAGAAACACAAACAUCUAAACAGAAUGAACCAAAGUCUCUCCAUCAGACCGCUGUAGACCAGGCCUUACAGAGUCCAAAUGGACACCUGGACUUGUUCCUCCGCUUCCUCCUGGGACUUUCACUGCAGACCAAUCAGAGACUCCUGAAAGGUCUGCUGACACAGACAGGAAGUAGCUCCCAGACCAAUCAGGAAACACUUCAGUACAUCAAAGAUAAGAUCAGUGAGAAUGUUUCUGCAGAGAAAAGCAUCAAUCUGUUCCACUGUCUGAAUGAACUGAAGGAUCGUUCUCUGGUCCAGGAGAUCCAACAGUCUCUGAGUUCAGGAAGUCUCUCUAAAUAUGAAUUAUCUUCUGAUCAGUGGUCAGCUCUGGUCUAUAUUUUAUUGUCAUCUGGAGAAAAUUUGGAUGUGUUUGACCUGAAGAAGUAUUUUGCAUCAGAGGAGGUUCUUCUGAGGCUGCUGCCAGUUGUUAAAGCCUCCAACAAAGCUCUGCUGAGUGGUUGUAACCUCUCAGAGGAAAGCUGUGCAGCUCUGUCCUCAGUUCUCAGCUCCCAGUCCUCCAGUCUAAGAGAACUGGACCUGAGUAACAACAACCUGGAGGAUUCAGGAGUGAAGCUUCUAUCUGCUGGACUGGAGAGCCCAAACUGCAAAAUAGAAACUCUCAGGUUGUCAGGCUGUCUGAUCUCAGAGGAAGGUUGUGCUUCUCUGGCCUCAGCUCUGAGCUCCAACCCCUCCCAUCUGAAAGAGUUGGACCUGAGCUACAAUCAUCCAGGAGAGUCAGGAGUGAAGCUGCUGUCGGCUGGACUGAAGGAUCCAGGGUGGGGUCUGGAAGAUCUCAGGGUGGAGCCUGCUGGAGAACAAUGGUUGACACCAGGUCUGGGGAAGUAUUCCUGUCAGAUCGACAUCGACCCAAACACAGUGAACAGAAGACUACAACUGUCUGAGGACAACAGGAAGGUGAUCUAUGGGGAGGAGCUUCAGUCCUAUCCUGAUCAUCCAGACAGAUUUGAUAACUGGCCUCAGCUGCUGUGUAGAACUGGUCUGACUGGUCGCUGUUACUGGGAGGUUGAGUGGAAAGGAAGAGUUGAAAUAUCAGUGAGUUACAAAAAAAUUAUGAGGAAAGGAAAGAGUAGAGACGGCAGGUUUGGAAGGAAUGAUCAGUCAUGGAGUUUGAGAUGCUCUGAGGAUGGUUACUCUGUCUUUGAGAAUAAGGGACAGGUUAUCCUUUCCUCCUCUCCCUCCUCCUCCUCCUCCUCCUUCUCCUCCACCUCCUGGGUAGAAGCGUUUACUAUAUCAGGCCAAACAGACCUGGUCAUGAAGCUGCUGCUGUUCCUCAGUGGUUCUUCAUCCAGACUGAACAGAACCAGCUCAGUACGAUCGGACCGACUGAACUCAGAGGAACUCAGGGGACUGUCUGCUCAGCAGCAAAAAGCCCGGCUGAUCUCUAUAUUUAUGUUUCAGUUGCUGGAGAAAAACAUUGUCACUUUUGUGAAGAACGAGCUAAAAUAUAUCCAGAAGAUUCUGAGUCCAGAUGGUCCAGAAUGCCUAGAGCAUCACAGAGAUGAUGAUAAGGUGUUUGAAGGAGAGGAUGAAGAGAUGAGGAAGAGCAGCAGAGAAGCACUGAUGAAGAUCACAGUGAACUUCCUGAGGAGGAUGAAGGAGGAUGAGCUGGCUGACCGUCUAAAGAGCAAACUUCAUGCUGCAUUUUGUCAACAUGAACUUAAAUCUGGUCUGAAGAAGAAGUUCCAGUCUGUGUUUGAGGGAAUCGCUAAAGCAGGAAGUCCAACCCCUCUGAACCAGAUCUACACAGAGCUCUACAUCACAGAGGGAGGAACUGGAGAGGUCAAUGAUGAACAUGAGGUCAGACAGAUUGAAGCAGCAUCCAGGAAACCAAACAGACCAGAAACAAUAAUCAGACCAGAAGACAUUUUUAAAGUCCCACCUGGAAGAGAUGAACCAAUCAGAGCAGUGAUGACACAGGGAGUGGCUGGCAUUGGGAAAACAGUCUUAACCCAGAAGUUCACUCUGGACUGGGCUGAAGGCAAAGCCCACCAGAACAUCCAGUUCAUAUUUCCAUUCACCUUCAGAGAGCUGAAUGUGCUGAAAGAGAAAAAGUUCAGCUUGGUGGAACUUGUUCAUCACUUCUUCCCUGAAACCAAAGGAAUCAGCAGCUUUGAAGACUUCCAGGUUCUGAUCAUCUUGGAUGGUCUGGAUGAGAGUCGACUUCCUCUGGACUUCACCAACAAGGAGAUCCUGACUGAUGUUACAGAGUCCACCUCAGUGGAUGUUCUGCUGAUAAACCUCAUCAGGGGGAAACUGCUUCCCUCUGCUCUCCUCUGGAUAACCACACGACCUGCAGCAGCCAAUCAGAUCCCUCCUCACUGUGUUGGCAUGGUGACAGAGGUCAGAGGGUUCACUGACCCUAGGAAGGAGGAGUACUUCAGGAAGAGAUUCACAGAUGAGCAGCAGGCAGGCAGGAUCAUCUCUCACAUGAAGACAUCUAGAAGUCUCCACAUCAUGUGUCACAUCCCAGUGUUCUGUUGGAUCACUGCUACGGUUCUGGAGGAAGUGUUGAAGACCAGAGAGGGAGGAGAGCUGCCCAGCACCCUGACUGAGAUGUACAUCCACUUCCUGGUGGUUCAGACCAAAGUGAAGAAGGUCAAGUAUGAUGGAGGAGCUGAAACAGAUCAACACUGGAGUCCAGAGAGCAGGAAGAUGAUCGAGUCUCUGGGAAAACUGGCUUUUGAUCAGUUAAAGAAAGGAAAGCUGAUCUUCUAUGAAUCAGACCUGACAGAGUGUGGCAUCGAUAUCACAGCAGCCUCAGUUUACUCAGGAGUGUUCACACAGAUCUUUAGAGAGGAGAGAGGGCUGUACCAGGAGAAGGUGUUCUGCUUCGUCCAUCUGAGUGUUCAGGAGUUUCUGGCUGCUCUUCAUGUUCAUCUGACCUUCAUCAACUCUGGAAUCAACCUGAUGGGAAAAAUACAAAAGACCUUUCAGCACUCUUCACUCUUUCAGAAACCUAAACUAAACUCUCUUCACCAGGUAGCUGUAGACCAGGCCUUACAGAGUCCAAAUGGACACCUGGACUUGUUCCUCCGCUUCCUUCUGGGACUUUCACUGCAGACCAAUCAGAGUCUCCUAAAAGGUCUGCUGACAGAGACAGGAAGUAGCUCCCAGACCAAUCAGGAAACACUUCAGUACAUCAAGAAGAAGAUCAGUGAGAAUGUUUCUGCAGAGAAAAGCAUCAAUCUGUUCCACUGUCUGAAUGAACUGAAGGAUCGUUCUCUGGUCCAGGAGAUCCAACAGUAUCUGAGUUCUGGAACUAUCUCCACAGAUAAACUGUCUCCUGCUCAGUGGUCAGCUCUGGUCUUUAUUUUAUUCUCAUCUGGAGAAAAUCUGGAUGUGUUUGACCUGAAGAAGUUCUCAGCUUCAGAGGAGGUUCUCCUGAGGCUGCUGCCAGUGGUUAAAGCCUCCAACAAAGCUCUACUGAGUGGUUGUAACCUCUCAGAUAAAAGCUGUGCAGCUCUAUCCUCAGUUCUCAGCUCCCAGUCCUCCAGUCUCAGAGAACUGGACCUGAAUAACAACAACCUGCAGGAUUCAGGAGUGAAGCUUCUAUCUGCUGGAUUGAAGAAUCCAAACUGCAAACUAGAAACUCUCAGGUUGUCAGGCUGUCUGAUCUCAGAGGAAGGCUGUGCUUCUCUGGCCUCAGCUCUGAGAUCCAACCCCUCCCAUCUGAAAGAGUUGGACCUGAGCUACAAUCAUCCAGGAGAGUCAGGAGAUGCAAAGAAGAUUGAAUUAAAAGUUUGA